AUGUCUGACUUUCACCGGCCGUUUCGAGACCAGCACGUCAGGCAGCCGACGCCAGACGAACAAGAGCAAGAAUUGAUCAUCGAUCCCAACCUGUACGGCCCCUUUGGGCAUCGCUACCACGAUAGUACCGUCGAGCACUCUCACCCGAACCAUGAAGCUUCGCAGCCUUCGAUGACGAGCUGGCACGAGGUUGAGACGACCGAACAGCACCUUGAGCACACGAAAGCCCCACCACACGAGACGGCAAUCCCGCUGCAUCCCAUUGGCACCGCACAUUCCAACGCCAGCCACGCCGAUUUCGUCACGCACGCUGCACCCAUGGCCACCAACUCUUCGCAGGACAGCAAACACACGGCGCAGUCGAGCAUCGAAAACUACCCACCUUCGUCUUCGCUCACGCCCCUGCGACGUCCAUCCAAGGGGUUUCACGAGCACUCUCGUGCGGGCAGCCUGUUCGAUAUCGUCCACGGGCGCGAGCGGAGCAAAGCGUCCGACAAGCCGCACGUCGAGCUGCACGGCGACGACGUGCCCAUCACAUUUCGACACCUGCUCAAACGCCCCGUGAUCCGACAGUGGCUGCACGGCAACAAGCUCUAUCGCGAAAAGGACGAGCGCAAACCGAGCCAGUUCGAGCUCGUGUUCGAUCUCAUCUUUGUCGCCGUCGUCAACAAGCUUGGGCACGCGACGGCCGAGAGCAGCUCGGCGAUCAAUGCGCUCAAAUUCGUCCUGUCCUUCUGGCCGUGUUUCAGCAUCUGGACGGAUGUGCGACUGUUUUUGAAUACAAGUGGAACGGAUGAUAUGCUCGAGAGGCUGCUGCUGCUGGGGUGGAUGAUCUUGCUCAGUGGCUACUGUGCCAAUGUGUCUGCUGUCGAGAUCGUCAAGGCAACGCCCGAGCUAUUGGCGCAGCUGCACAGCGAGGAAGCUGCGGGCGAUGCACCGGCUCAGCAGGUGGCGCACGGUCUCGUAGCCGAAAUCGGGCAGAUCUUCCGUCGCAGCGAGUCCGCAGGCGGUGAGGCGGCUGCCGAGAGCAUCAAGCUAGCGGUACCCGCAUUUGACAACUACUGGUUCACCGAGGGCUACGAUCGAGCCAUCCAUGCGGCGAUUGGGUUCUUCUUGGUGGCCAAGCUGUGGAGACUGGGUGUCUACAUCUACUACGGCUUCUGUCUGCCCAAGUUCCGCAAGGCUCUGUGGCUCAAUGCGUUCGCGUUGACUGUGAUUGCUGCGAUCUACAUCCCUAUCACGCUGACGAGCGACCCGCUGGUGAUCCUCGUGCUCAUGUCGACGGGAAUCGGCGUCGAGCUCGCGCGCGCCUACCUCGUCGCUGCCGCAAUCAAACUCUUCCACGGCCGCCAAAAACGCACGGGUAAUCACAUGUUCAUCCCCGCCCAGUCGCACGAACACUCGAUCGAGCGCUACGUUCUCUUUGUUAUCCUUAUCGUCGGCGAGUCGAUCAUCAGCAGCAACUUCACCGCCAGCCCCGGCCACUACGGAGUGCAGGACGAGUUUGGUCGUGCCGCCCUUGGGAUUGCAAUCAGCGUGCUCGUCAUCUGGAUCUACUACGACGCAGACGGCAGCAGGGUCUACCAGCAUGCGCUGCGACGCAACUCGUUUACCAGCAUCACGUUUAGCCACAUCCACUAUCCGCUCUCCGCCGCGCUCGUGCUCAUGGCUGCCGCGCUGUCGUCGCUCAUCUCGCAUGCCGAGAUCCAGGGGGGCUACGUGUGGUACUUUGCCGGCUCGGCAUCGUGCGUGCUGGUGUGCUUGGGCCUGAUCGGGUGCAUGCAUAGGAACCUCGACGUGCACGCCUCGACGCUGCUCCCCCGCUGGGUGCGGAGCAUCGGGCUGCGAUUCCUGGUGGCUGUCGAAUUCGCCUUACUGCCGCUAAAACAAGAUUGGGACUCGCUCAGCCUCAUGAGUGUCGUCACGGGCAGCUUGCUGUUUAUCGUGCUGACCGAGACAUUCGGCAAGAUCGGCGCGGUUGGGCGCAGGUUUGAUGCGGAGAAGAGCAGGGAGCUGUACGCAGGUAUGGAUGCUAGGGGAGAGAAGCAGUUGAAGCUGAAUAAGCGGAGCAGCUGGCAUCCGUUUGACGACCUGACUCCGGGUGAGCGGGGUGAGGAGGAUGUGGGGAUUGAGUCCGAGAUCGGUCAUUUGGAGGAGCGCGAUUUGACGCAUGGUCAGAGAUGGGCUUAUGCUGCCUAG